AUGUCCGACGAAUACACAACCCUCCAAACCUACCCCCAACCCCCCGACGAUGAAGACGACUACUACGCCCUCCUAGGUCUCCCGCGCAACCCACCCCCGACAGACCCCGAAAUCCGCUCCGCCUACCGCACCCUCACCUUCAGCUUCCACCCAGACAAACAACCCUCUCACCUCCGCGAAGCCGCCCAACGCCACUUCGAGCGCAUCCACGAAGCCUACGAGACACUCAUCGAUGCGCGAAAACGCACAGUCUACGACAUCCUCGGCGCAGAAGGCGUACGCGCAGAAUGGAGCGCGACGGGGACCAUGGGAGCGGGAGGAGCAGGAGGGAAGAGGGAAGUCGGGGUGAAGGCGAAGAGUCCCGAGGAGUUCCGAAAAUGGUUUCUGGAGUUGAUGAGGAAGAGGGAGAGGGUUGCUGUUAAUAGUAUGGUGCAGAGUCGGGGGGCAGUUACGUUGGGGGUUGAUGCGUCGGAUAUGGUUGAGUUGUCGGAGGAUGGGACGGAGUUUUUUGUGCAUUUGCCUGAGGUGAAGACGGGGUCUUUUGCUGUGGGGUAUAAUUUUAAGGCGCCGUUUCCGACCUGGGAGGGGAUAUUUGGGGAGAUGGUUAAGGAGGAGGAGGGUGAUGAUGAUGACAAAGAGGGGGCGAAGGAGAAGAAUGCUUAUGAUGAGGAGCUUUUUAAGCCCGAGUUGACUAUUAAUGCGGGCAUUUCGGGGCCCGUGGAGCAUUUGGUGCAGGAGGCUCAGUUACGGUAUGAGGAUGGUAGGGAGGGGUCAGCAGAGAUCCCUCUACGGCCAGUAAUGUCUACGCCGGAGGUGACCCUCGGGGCUAUGGCCAGCCGCGUGUUUGGAGAUAUGACCAGCACCAAGGGCAUUUUAGGUAAAUGGCCCUUUACAUAUCUCAGCAACUCUGGCACCGCGGUCAAUGCCCAUAUCCUGCCAUUCCCAUUCGUGACCACGUCAAUCACCAAGGCUGUUGCGCCGGUACCCGGGGCGUAUCCAUUCAGAAUCAUGUUUUCGAACGCCUUCAUGAACUGGCCGCACAUGACGCCGCCGACAAUCUCCCUUGGGACGCAGAAGCAGAUCAGUAAGAGAAAGCAUGCGUUUGUUUCCUGGUCAAGUGGUACCUUGUCCUGGCCACGGUCGAUUCACCGGUUCCUCAACCCUGGUGAUGAUAUGGGUGUAAAUGCCGGCCUUGCGAUGGCAGCGUUCCAACAAGCCAGUUCGUUGAACGUUGGUAUUGUCUCGGAACCGAGUCGUUCUCAGAAGGUCAUCUCAUUGGAAGACGAUGAGGAUGACGAGGAAGAUGUAGAGUUCCAAGAACUACGUCAGAACAAACGCAAGGCCGACCAAGCCGCUGAAUCAUGGCGAGUCCAGGUCCAAGCAACCCCGGCGCAGGGAGCUCUUGUAUUUGGUUAUGGUCGUAACUUGUUCUCCGGGAAACCGGCCAAUGAACCUGUUCGUUCCGAAUGGACCUCCGAAGGCUACUACGGCGUCCCCGCAGAGCCAGAAAAACGCUCUGUACGGUUAGAAGUCGAAGCCAACGUCACACUCGACAUGGGCCUCGCCUUCAGCGUCGAAGGCGUCCGCCAAGUUGGCGAAUACACCCGCAUGGGACUGGGAGUCGGUCUUCAAGGUGGCCAAGGUCUGGCACUGACAGUCUCCUGGAGCCGACUGGGCCAAAAGCUCAAACUCCCCAUCACCGUCUGCACAUAUGACAAUAUCAACUGGGACGUUGGCAUCGCAGCAGUCGUCUUCCCAUGGCUGACUUAUUGCGCGGUCGAGUUCGGAUACCUCCGUCCUCGCGAGCGGAAGAACCGCCGCCGAUUGAUCGCGCGGAAACAGAAACAGCUGAGAAGGCAGAUUCCGAAGAAGAAGGCGGAUAGUACGCAGGCUAUUGAGCUCAUGGCUGAGCAGGUGCAACGCCGGCAGGCGAGGGAAGAGGCGCAGAAUGGGUUGGUGGUUACCAAGGCUCAGUAUGGGUAUAUGUCGUCUGGAAAGAAGGUGAAGGGGUAUGAUCCCAAGGAUUACGAGGUGGUUGAUGUUACCUUUCCCGUGGCGGCGCUGGUGGAUCGUGGACAGUUGGUGAUUCCGCGGGAGACGCAUAAAUUCCAACUCCUUGGCUUCCACGAUCCGGCACCGCUGCUGCCCAAGAUGUUGAAGGUGUGGUAUAGAUAUCACGGUAAGGAACACUACGUGGAAGCGAAUGACACUGAGGGCAUUAGCUGCCCUAUGCGAGUGCAUUUGCGGUAG